UAUAUAUAUAUAUAUAUAUGUGUAUAUACUGUAUAUAUCACUGUAUUUUGAUUAAAGCAGCUGGUUUCAAACUGAAAAGCGUGUUUUAAGACCUGCAGUGAAUCCUUAGGAUUUCAAAGUAAAGAUGAUUGAAGGAGAUCGAGAGCUUUCAGCCAUUCUUCAGGAGCUCUGGGACAACGACAUCAAUCGUCUGAGACCGGGGAUAGAUUACCGCAUCUCUCUGCAGGGUAAGGCGGGAGACCUGGCGGGUUUGGCUGAUGACAGCGACGGAGCAGGGCUGCCUUUGUUCACGUUCGUGGACGAAAACAUUUUCAAAAAGGAGACAUUCUUGGCUUUCAUCUCACUUCUGGACAACUAUGAAAGUGACACCGGUGAGCCGGAGAUUGUGACGCCGGAGGAAGAACUGGAAAACCACAAGUUCCUGGAUUCCAUCCUAAAGACACCCACUAUGAAGAUGGCCCACAAAUAUCUGGUGGAGAAGCGUCUCUCUCCGAAGGACACCGCAGACUUCAAAAAGCAGCUGUAUCACAUCUGGUUCGAGCUGUACGCCAGGAGAGGAUCCAGUAAGCCGGACUCGUCGGGCUUCGAGCAUGUGUUUGUAGGAGAGACGAGAGGAGGUCGGACCGUCAUCGGCUUUCAUAACUGGAUCCAGCUGUACUUACAGGAGAAACUAGGACACAUUGAUUAUAAAGGAUACAGUGUGAACGCCAGCUCACCACAGCCGGACGAGAGCAAGCACAUCCUGGCUCUGCAGUUCAGCUGGAAGAACGGCAUCAAGCCCAAAGGCAGCAUCUUCAUCGGCGUGAGUCCCGAGUUCGAGCUGGCUCUGUACACCCUGUGUUUCCUCACGUCUCCGAACGAGCGAGUCAAAGUGUCCUUCAGCGUCUACGAGGUGGAGAUCGUCUGUCACCACUACAACCAGAAGCACAUCGGCACCACCUAUCCUGUGCUCGUCAAAUACCUCGGCGCGUGACGGACCGAGUGUGUGUUUCCAUUUCUAAAACAAUA